AUGGACUCCUCAACCUCUAAGCAGGUCCAGUCACGACGUACACAUCGGAAGUCUCGGUUAGGAUGUAUGAAUUGCAAAAAGCGAAGGAUCAAAUUCUCUCUACUUCACUUUAUCGUCGUUUUAACCCACAAUAUGCGUGGAUUCUGGCGUUUAUUAUUCUGUUGCACAUCUGGCCGAUGGCGUCGCUUGGAUGAACCGAAUGAUGAAAAAACUAAUGAGUCUCUCAAGUGCGACGAAAAACAACCCGCUUGUGUAAAUUGUCUCAACCAUGACAUUGAAUGUUCAUUUCUAUCGCGCGAAUCCUCCGCAGUAUCAUCACCUCAACCAGGGACUCCGGAGCCAACAGAAGCCCGACUCCAGCCCAGUCGCUACAAACCAUAUCAAUAUCCAACGGGAGAAUUGAAACAGACUUUCAAGCUCUCCAAACGAAUCGAAAAGCAACCGCCAUCCACGAAUUCAAUAGCAACUCAAUCUAAUAUCUCUAAUGAUGUGUCAACCGAAUCCAUCAUCUCUCCUGAGGAUCUGAGACUAUUCCAUCAUUUCACAACAUCAACUUUUCGAACCAUGCGACACGAUGAUCAUGAUCCACAGAAUCUAUGGCAGAAUCAUCUUCCAGAGUGGGGUAUCGAAUUCAAACCUAUCUUGCAUUUGAUUUUGGCCCUUUCCGCCUUACACAAAGGAUACAAAACACCCACCCUCCGCGAUAGAUAUAUCGCUCAGGCAGAUGAUCAUUUUACUUUCGGAAUGCGAUCUGUCACCUCUGUUCUCUCUCAACUUCAUUCGGAAAACUGUCAACAGAUCUAUAUGUCUGCUGUGAUGAUUUGCUUUAUAUAUUUCGGUCGUGGACCAAGAGAGGGCGAUUACCUUGUUUUCAGUGAUAAAGGUCCAGCCGAGUGGAUGAUACUCAUGAACGGAGUGAAGGUCAUUGUAUCAAAUCACCAUGAAAAGAUAUUUAGUGGUCUCCUCGAACCUAAGGGUGAACGGGUAAAGUAUGAACUUACACCUGCAAUGCGGAGUGAGCUGCACGAGCAUUCGGUUCAUCUUCAGGCUGUGGAGCGGUUUGUUGGAGAACAGGUGUCCGAUCAGACUGAACGAGAUAUGUAUCUUUCUUCUACGAAGGGGUUGUUUGAGAUCAUGGAUGAUGUUUAUGAGAAGGUUUCCGGUGGCUUGGAUGGUGUUCUUAUUAUGGAUUUGUUGAUUGGGUGGCUUUAUCGUCGACCGGAUGAGUUUGUGCAUCUUUUGGAAAGGAAGGAUCCUUUGAGUUUGGUUAUUCUUUCUUAUUGGGCUGUUCUUUUACGAUAUAUGGAGUCUUCUUGGUUUAUGCAGGGCUGGACUGCUCAUGUCUUGUCUGGUAUCUCUAACUCUUUGAAGGAGGAGUAUUGGCCUUGGAUUCAGUGGCCGUUGAGAAGGGUUGGGAAUUCCAAUUAA